AUGGAUUGCUAUCAAGCAUAUAAUUUGCACUUCUGUAGAACUCAACAAGCACAGCAUAUGAAUGCAGUUAAGGAAGGAGUGAAAGAAUUGAAUUGCAUCAUAUGUGGUUGCUUCCUUGCAUUGACUCACAGUUUUGUUAUUGAUGUUGAUACAGAACGGACUAUAACGAGUAAAGCGAGACUGAAGAGAGAACAUUUUCCAGCACUGAAAGUUUUAAUCGGAAGAACAACAAGCAGUUUACCUUGCAUUGCAGCAGUUAGAAGCGUCAUGCAAUUUUCAUAA